AUGCCGCCGAAACGCAGAGCGAGAGCCCCUAAAUCGGGACCCCAAAAACCAAACUCGCCCUCAUCCCCGGAUCAAAAACCCACUUCCCCAUACCACGAUGAUAACCUAGAGCACGACAACAUCAAAGUUUCAAAUCAACGCAGAGAACUCCCGACAGAGCCAUUGACACCCGAGGAAAUCCAGAUGCCCGAACCACUGCCCGAGACAGACGAGGAAAUACCCGAAGAAACGGAGCAUACCAUUGGCGAGGCGGGAACAGCAGAAAAACACGGGUUUGCUGGUGGAUAUAACGCAUUGAAGUCGCACAAGGGGCAAUAUUACUCUGGUAUGGCGGUUGGGGGCUCGCACACUUGGAACUAUGACCCGGGUGUUUGGAAGGAGACGAAAGAAGAGCCGGAUUUGUGGAGAAUCGAUUAUAGGACUAACAAGAGACGGGCCAGGAAUGCGCCAAAGGGGAGCGGAGCUCCUGUGGGAACAGAGUACCACUGGCUUGUUGUUGGGCAUCAGGUAUGCGUCUUCCCGCUGGCUUUGCCGCCUCGCGUUGAUACUAUUGCGGAUAUCCCGUGA